GAUAAUUCACAGUGGACGACACGCAGGUGCCGCUUGCCAUUCACAAUCAGCUGCAUGCGCCGGAAAAAUAUUUUGGAUUAAACGUUUUUUCUGUGAUUUUGCGUUAAAGUAGUGAAAUUGUUAAUAAUCUAGCCUGCAGAAUGAGGCUACUGCACAAGACGUUGCUUAGCGGGCUGCUGAUAGUGGCGAUUUUCGCUAUUUACGCGGCCGGGCAAAUAAGAUCCAAGUCGGGCCUUACGCUGUCGGAGAAAGUACAAAACCUAGUGGACAUGAACGCUAAGAAGCCUCUGCUCCGCUUUAAUGGUCCCAAGUUUAGGGAGUACGUGAAGAGUUCUCCUCGGAAUUAUUCUAUGAUUGUAAUGCUCACUGCUUUGGCUCCCUCGAGGCAAUGUCAGAUAUGCCGACACGCCCACGAUGAGUUUGCCAUCGUGGCAAACUCGUACCGCAUCUCUUCGACUUACUCUAACAAACUUUUCUUCGCCAUGGUUGACUUCGAUGAUGGAUCCGAGGUUUUCCAAAUUCUGCGCCUGAACACGGCUCCGGUGUUCAUGCAUUUCCCGGCAAAGGGUAAGCCAAAGGGUGCCGACACUAUGGACAUUCAUCGAGUAGGCUUCGCUGCCGAUUCUAUUGCUAAGUUCGUGGCUGAGCGAACUGACAUCACAAUCCGCAUAUUCCGUCCGCCCAACUAUUCGGGCACCGUGGCCAUGAUCACUCUUGUGGCCCUGGUGGGCAGUUUCCUUUACAUCCGGCGGAACAACCUGGAGUUCCUGUACAACAAGAAUCUGUGGGGCGCCAUUGCAGUGUUCUUCUGCUUUGCAAUGAUCUCUGGCCAGAUGUGGAACCACAUCCGUGGACCACCACUGGUGCACAAGUCACAGAAUGGUGGCGUUGCCUACAUCCACGGUUCUUCGCAGGGCCAGCUGGUGGUUGAGACCUAUAUCGUCAUGUUCCUGAAUGCAAUGAUUGUGCUAGGCAUGAUUCUGCUUAUCGAAUCGGGAACCCCAAAGAGCCAUAACAAAAACAGGAUAAUGGCGAUGACUGGUUUGGUGCUCCUCACCGUCUUCUUUUCAUUUUUGCUGUCCGUUUUUCGAUCGAAGGCACAAGGCUAUCCCUAUAGUUUCUUGUUCAAAUAGAAUCGACUGCAGUCCUGUUCCAGUUCAAGUUCCCCCUAUAUCGUUUUGUAGUUAAAAUCACCAGCGAGCACACAUUUUUCGUGCGUGUAAAACGACUUUAAUAAAUUCCACUACUAAAUUA